AUUUUUAUUUCGAGAAACCUUUUUUUUUAUUGAUAUCAUACAUUUAUAAAAGUAGAAAUUAUAAUUUUUUUCAUCCAAAUCAUGUCAGCAGGCGUUUACAAAAUCCCGAUAAUUGACAUAGCAGCUUUGCUCGCAAAGAUUAUAAAAGAGCUAGGCAAUGUUGCGAGAAAGGUUACUGUUGCUAUCAAGAAUGAGACGUCACUAAUUCUUGAGAACCCUAAAAUAUAUUAUAGAUUUGGGAAUUCUCCUUAUGAUGCUUGUCCCCUUGCUCCUGUCAAUUCUGGUAAAGCUGUGGUUUGGGGUGCUUGUAAAACCCCUUAUGCGUUCAGAGGAACUGAAGGAGUUAUUAUGUACCACAUCAAAGAUAAAGACAAAAGUUUAGCUUUUAUGUGGAAAGUCCCAUAUGCACGUUCAAAUGGGUGGUUUAUUAAAGUUUAUGAUGGUUUUAUCAGUCCUAGCAUAGAAAUAUUUCACGAGAUGCGCGACAAAUGCUAUUUAGGAGGAGACGGUAUAAUUCACGAAGGCACACUCGACGAUGGUUUGUAUUAUAAGGGAUCUAUGGGAGGAACUGGAGAGCCUCAUCUUGAAGUUGUGUUACAAUAUUGUAAUUCUAAGAUUAAAACUGGAUAGUGCUGUAAUUAAGCAUAUGCACAAAGUAAAUAUUUAUGUAUCUUUAACAUGUACGCGGUAUAGUUAAUAUUUCAAAAGUCAAAUACAUUAUUUCUAAGCAUAAAUUAAAGCUGUUCUUUUAUUUUAUUAUAUAUAAAAAUUAAUAUCAUUACAUACUGGAUAACUUUACUUGAAUUCUUUCGCUUUAUUUUUAAAUA